AUGGGGGUGACCACCGCCGGGGAGGCCGUCUGCAAGUCCCCGGUGCGGGCCUCGGUCAUCGUCAAGAUGAACGCCGCGUUCCUCGCCUUCUUCCUCUUCGCCUACCUGGCGCUCCUCCUCCACCCCAAGUACUCGGACAUCCUCGACCGCGGCGCCACCUCCCUCGUCCGCUGCACCUUCCGCGACUCCUGCCCGCCGCCGUCGUCGACGACCCAGCUCUCACGGAAGCUGGGAGGCGUGGCGGCAAACAAGGUGGCGGCGGCGGAGCGCAUCGUGAUCGUGAACGCGGGGCGCGCGCCGCCCAUGUUCGACGAGCUCCGUGGCCGUCUUCGGAUGGGCCUGGUGAACAUCGGGCGCGACGAGGUGCUGGCGCUGGGCGUGGAGGGCGACGCGGUGCGCGUGGACUUCGAGCGCGUCUCCGAGACGUUCCGGUGGUCGGACCUGUUCCCGGAGUGGAUCGACGAGGAGGAGGACGACGAGGGCCCGUCCUGCCCGGAGCUCCCGAUGCCGGACUGGUCCCGGUACGACGACGGCGGCGGCGACGUGGACGUGGUGGUGGCGUCGGUGCCGUGCAACCGCAGCGCGCCCGGGUGGAACCGCGACGUGUUCAGGCUGCAGGUGCACCUGGUGGCGGCGCAGGUGGCGGCGCGGAAGGGCCGGCGCGAAGGGGGCGGGGCCGUGCGCGUGGUGCUGCGGAGCCAGUGCGAGCCCAUGAUGGACCUGUUCCGCUGUGACGAGGCGGUGGGACGGGAGGGGGACUGGUACAUGUACAGGGUCGACGUGCAGCGCCUGGAGGAGAAGCUCCGGUUGCCCGUGGGGUCCUGCAACCUCGCCAUGCCGCUCUGGGGAUCAGGAGGGAUCCAGGAGGUGUUCAACGCGUCGUCGGAGCUGUCGACGUCGUCGUCGCCGUCGUGGUCGGGCGGGCGUCCCCGGCGCGAGGCGUACGCGACGGUGCUACACUCGUCGGACACGUACCUGUGCGGCGCGAUCGUGCUGGCGCAGAGCAUCCGGCGCGCGGGGUCCACCCGGGACCUGGUCCUCCUCCACGACCACACGGUGUCGAAGCCGGCGCUCCGCGCGCUGACGGCGGCCGGGUGGACGCCCCGGCGGAUCAAGCGCAUCCGCAACCCGCGCGCGACGCGGGGCACCUACAACGAGUACAACUACAGCAAGUUCCGGCUGUGGCAGCUGGCGGACUACGAUCGCGUGGUGUUCGUGGACGCCGACAUCCUGGUGCUCCGCAGCCUGGACGCGCUGUUCGCGUUCCCGCAGCUCACGGCGGUGGGCAACGACGGCUCCCUCUUCAACUCCGGGGUGAUGGUGAUCGAGCCGUCGGCGUGCACGUUCGACGCGCUCAUCCGGGACCGCCGGACCAUCCGGUCGUACAACGGCGGCGACCAGGGGUUCCUGAACGAGGUGUUCGUGUGGUGGCACCGGCUUCCGCGGCGGGUGAACUACCUCAAGAACUUCUGGGCCAACACCACGGGUGAGCGCGCUCUCAAGGAGCGGAUGUUCCGGGCGGACCCAGCCGAGGUGUGGUCCAUCCACUACCUGGGGAUGAAGCCCUGGACGUGCUACAGGGACUACGACUGCAACUGGAACGUGGCGGACCAGCGGGUGUACGCCAGCGACGAGGCGCACGCCCGGUGGUGGCAGGUGUACGACCAGAUGGGGGAGACCAUGCGCGGGCCCUGCCGCCUCUCGGAGCGGAGGAAGGUGGAGAUCGCCUGGGACAGGCACGUCGCCGAGGAGAUCGGGUACGCGGACCAGCACUGGAAGAUCAACAUCACGGACCCAAGGAAAUGGGACUGA